UGUGCCUGGGCGCUGCGAUGCUGUUGCUGUGGGUUUGAUUGACAGGAAACAUGUCGGUGUGGUGGGAACGAACCGGGAUGCAGCUGCUGCCAAGAGAGACAGGGAGUACCUGCAUCCAGUCCACACACCAGCACCUUUAAACCAACAACCAGGCUUUUCCUCCCGAUCCGUCUGCUUAUGAUGCGCUGAGCAGCUUCAGCUUUCUUCUUCUUUUUUCUUUUUUUUUCUCCCUUCUUCUCUCUGACAACCAUUUGAAAGGAAGGGGGCACCCGAUGGAUGCUGCGUCCAGCCGUGUAGUCCCGCUCCGUGUCUGUGCAUCGUGCUUGAUCUAAGCAUCCGUCCAGAGACACCUUGAUGAUCCAGCAGGAAACUACGAGGACUGUUACAAUGGAGUCGACUCUCUCGCGGCUCAAAUAAAAACCUGCAACAUCUCGUUUCAUGGCGUUCUGCAGGUUGCUCUGCUCCAUGGGCUCCUCCACAUUUCUUUUUUGAAUUAUUAUUAUUUUUCCCCCCCUCUUCUUAUUUUACUUCUUUGUCUAUUUUGCAAGUGCAAAAAGGAAAAAAAAAUAAUAACAUCCAUCGGUCGCUAAACUAUGAACGAGGAGAUGACAAAAAGCGAGGAGCAGCAUCUGAGUUUGCAGAAAGCCUUGCAGCAGUGCGAGUUGGUGCAAAACAUGAUAGACAUAAGCAUUUCCAGUUUGGAGGGUUUACGGACCAAAUGUGCCACAUCCAACGACUUGACACAAAAAGAGAUCCGAACGCUGGAGGGGAAGUUGGUGAAGUACUUCAGCCGCCAGCUGUCCUGCAAGUGCAAAGUGGCCUUAGAGGAGCGCAGUGCAGAGCUGGAAGACUUCCCUCGCCUCGACCACUGGUUCCGCAUUGUCAACUUAAGGAAGGAGGUCGCAGAGGAGAUGAAUGCAGGGGAAGUUAAUUUAGAAGGCCUACUGGAGAUGAGUGAGGAGCAGGUGUGUGAGCUGUUGCAGAAGUUUGGUGCCAACGAAGAAGAAUGUGCCCGACUUAACGCUUCCCUCUCCUGCCUCAGAAAGGCCCACCAACUUGAACAACUUGAGGAGGAUAAAUUGCACAGUAACGGAGGGAGCCAAACAAAACAAGACUGGUCCAUCCAGUGGCCCACCUCUGAAUCUGGAAAGGAAAACACUCCAGUGUGCCAGCCAGAGGCCAGUCAGUGGAUUCGUUUCCAGCUCUCCCAAAGCCCCAAAGUUCAGUCCAAGUACAACCAGCACAUGUGCCACAGUCCACAAGCUCUGGCGCCCCCUUUCUACGCAGAUCGACUUACUGUUGAAAACCCCGCCACAGGACUCUUCCCUUCUUUGGACUCUGGUCACCGUUCCCUGCCACCAUCGCCUCGCCAAAGGCAUUUUGGUCACACACCUCCUCGGACUCCUUUGGUGAUCAACACCAUGACUCCACCAGGUACUCCCCCCAUGAGACGAAGGAACAAAGUGAAGGCCCCCGGAACGCCACCACCGCCAAGCCGCAAGCUCAUCUAUCUGCUGCCUGGUUUCACGGCGUUGCAUCGGAGCAAAUCCCAUGAGUUCCAGCUGGGGAACCGCUUGGAGGACACUCAAACACCAAAAGCCAAGAAGAAGACAAAGCCCUUGAACCUUAAGAUUCACAGCAGUGUGGGGAGCUGUGAGAAUCUGCCCACGCAGCGGUCACCGCUCCACAAUGAACGAUCUUUGCGAUCCUUCUUCUUUCCGUCUUUCAUCCCUUCCACACCUCCCGUUCAUGCUGAAACAUCCUCUGCAAACACUCUUUCAGUGCCUCGCUGGUCCCCACAGAUUCCCCGACGAGAUUUUGGAAACUCAAUAAAACACCGGUUUUCCACUAAGUACUGGAUGUCCCAGACAUGCAUAGUAUGUGGAAAGGGAAUGUUGUUUGGACUAAAAUGUAAAAACUGCAAGCUGAAGUGCCACAACAAAUGCACCAAAGAAGCCCCACCUUGCCAUUUACUGAUUAUACAGCGAGGUGGACGGGAAUCCCUCAGAGAUCAACAGGGAACCAUUCAAGUAGCUCGUCUGGUACGGACUGAAUCAGUGCCAUGUGACAUCAACAAUCCGCUCAGGUACACAGACCUGCACAUCAGUCAAACGCUCCCCAAAACCAACAAAAUCAAUAAGGAUCACAUCCCGGUCCCCUACCAACCGGACUCCAGCAGUAAUCCCUCAUCCACCACUUCCUCCACUCCGUCCUCCCCGGCUCCUCCGUUGCCCAGCAGUGCCACUCCGCCAUCACCACUGCAUCCUUCUCCACAGUCGGCACGGCAGCAAAAACAGUUCAACUUGACUGCCUCCAGUUACUUCAAAUACAAACAGCAAUUCAUCUUCCCUGAUGUUACACCAGAGGCACCUCCCAGUAGAGCACCGCAAGUCAUUCUGCAUCCGGUCCUCUCUGAACAGGGGAAUGAGGGCAACCCCUUACUUCAAAUCGAAGUGGAACCGACCUCAGAUAAUGAAGAUGCGAACAAUGAGGACUCCGGCGAUGAGUUUGAGGAGAUGAAUUUGUCCCUUUUGUCUGCUCGCAACUUCCCACGCAAAGCCAGCCAGACGAGCAUCUUCCUACAGGAGUGGGACAUCCCCUUUGAGCAGCUGGAGAUUGGAGAGAUGAUCGGCAAAGGGCGCUUCGGCAAGGUGUUCCACGGACGGUGGCACGGAGAGGUUGCCAUACGAUUGAUCGAUAUUGAGCGGGACAACGAAGACCAGCUGAAGGCUUUCAAACGGGAGGUGAUGGCGUACCGCAACACUCGCCAUGAGAAUGUGGUGCUGUUCAUGGGGGUGUGCAUGAGCCCACCGCACCUGGCCAUCAUCACCAGCUUGUGUAAAGGCAGGACACUUUACUCUGUGGUGCGGGAUGCCAAGGUUGUCCUGGACGUUAACAAGACGCGACAGAUUGCACAAGAGAUGGUCAAGGGGAUGGGCUACCUCCAUGCUAAGGGGAUUUUACACAAAGACAUGAAGUCCAAGAAUGUGUUUUAUGAUAACGGCAAAGUUGUCAUCACUGACUUUGGACUUUUUACCAUAUCUGGAGUUCUGCAGGCUGGCAGCAGGAGAGAAGACAAGCUGAGAAUCCCCAACGGCUGGCUGUGUCACCUGGCCCCAGAAAUUAUUCAGCAGCUUUCUCCAGACACAGAGGAGGACAAGCUUCCUUUCUCCAAACAGUCAGACGUCUUUGCUUUCGGCACCAUCUGGUAUGAGUUACAUGCACGUGAGUGGCCUUACAAGAGUCAGCCAGCGGAGGUGAUCAUAUGGCAGAUUGGAAGUGGCAUGAAACCUAACCUUGCCCAAACUGGGAUGGGGAAGGAAAUACUGGAUAUUUUGCUAAUGUGUUGGGCGUACAAGCCAGAAGAGCGGCCCAGCUUUUCCAAGCUGGUAGAUUUACUGGAAAAGUUGCCAAAAAGGAACCGCCGCCUUUCCCAUCCAGGGCACUUCUGGAAGUCAGCUGAGCUGUAACGGAGACAUCGAAGGGACUAUGUUCGUCUUCUGCUCUGCUCACAUCUGUUUCACUGCCCACCUGCCUGCCCUGCUACCUGUGCUCUCUUUGCUCCACCUUGCUUCCUCAACCCCAUCUAUUCCUGCCUGUACUUCCUGCCACAGCGCAGACACGUACAUUCAACUGUACAUGUGCCCUCAUGCCUGAAUGGACCCUUUAGCGGUCAGCACUGGCCCACUUUGCUGGGGUGGGUCAUUAAACAAAACCGCAGACUUUCAAACAGAGAGGCCUUUCUCCACUCUAUGCCUGAAGAUGAUUGUGAAGCUUAGUUCCCAAGAAACACAUUCUCAGCAGCUCACCCGCUAAACUGUUAUUGAUAAGAUCUAAUUUAGCAAGUAAUGUAUUUUCUAUUGUUUGAAUAUAUUACAUUAUCACAACAUUUAUGGUAAUAACUCCUGUGGUUUAUUAUCAUUUCUAACACAUCAUACAGCGAUGGCAAAAUAAUAAACAUAGAUUUCAGUUUUUCUCAGCUCCGAAAGAACCCUUCCAUCUUUUUUGGUACCUGUGAAUGAACAAAUUUAGCAAUUCAUGGUUUUGAUUCUGAGGCACAGAUACUCAAAUUCUAAUUUAACCUUCAAGCAGCCUAUAAAGUCUCCACAAAAAUGAGUUUUUCAAACCUUUAAAAUUUUCUUUUUUUGUUUUUUAAAAAUGCUUGUUGCAUACAAGACCAGCUCCUUCUGAGAAAUCCCAGUGUGUUUCCUGGCCAUCUGAGAAAUGAGAAACAUGGUUCCUUGAUCCUCAUUCCUCGUUUAUUUACACUUUCCACUAAUGUGGUUAUUCUAAUACAUGGUCUAGUGUACAUGAUAUAAUUCCACUAAAAUUCAGGGUUCACAGACGACUUCAAGACAAAGCUCACACCCUUUUUGGAAAAUGGAAAAAAGCUAAACAACCUAUAAAAAUAUAGAUUUGUAACUAGAUAAGCCAGACAAACGCUCAUCCUUGUCUACACAAGUUCCUUAAUCUUCAUCUAAAUGAACAGCCUUUGUUGACAGCCUGAGGAACCAGAUCAGGUUUGAGGAUGACAUUUAUGUCACGUUGAGGCCUGUUUUCUCCCUAUUAUUGUUUGAAGAGUGCUAACAUUGAAAAAGCCACAUCUUUAUUAUUUCUAUAUGUCCGACAUCAUUGGAAAGCUAAUGAUGUCAAAAUCUGUAAUUAACUCAAGAUGCUACAAGAGAGACUUGUUUCUGGUUUUGUUGUUGCCAAUCAAAAAUCUGUUUUGAACAUACUCAUCUUUGUCCAAACUUAAAGAAUUUACUUAAUGCUCAUUUAAUUUAUUCUGGGAAAAGACCUUUAACAAGGUGUGCUAAGUAAAAUUUCUUCCAGUGUGCUGUAUAUGUAUGUGUACAGUACAUCUACAGUAUAAACAGCUUGGUAGAUAAGUGGUAUCUGUCAUUUAUGACCCCAAUAAGUUAACCAUAGCUAAAGUACAGGGAGACACUGCUUCAAGACGAUUAAAAGCUUUCAUUGUGCAAAAAUCAACACAAUAAUCAUCUGUAAAAGUCACAGCAUAUUUCAACUAGUCUGGAUUGUACGCAUGCACUGAGGGACUCAACGAAAGUGCUCAACUCAGCUAGUUUGCCAAUUUCAAACUAUUCCUAAUUAUUUGUAAGCACUAGAUGUUAGCCAAAUAAUGCUAACCAAAAAUAUUAAUGCUGUAAUUUGAAAUGUGAGCGUGUCAAGGACAUUUUUUCCUCUAAGUGGCCACUAAUCAGCUGCAUUUGCGCUGUUGAGAGUUAAGUGCCUUGCUUAGGGCCAUUUCAGCAACCAAGGUUGUAAAAACAAAGCAUUUUAUUUUACACACUGACACCAAGAUUUUCACUAGUUAUGACUAAAUACAUGCACAUUAGAAUUUUAGCUGCAAAAUCUUUAAAAAAAUCCAACACUUACCGUAGAUUGUAGUUUUACCGGAGUAUUUGUCGACCAUACUAUAAGAAAUUCUAAACUGAAAGAAAAGAUAUUUGUUUGAUUAGAAGUCAAGCUCAGGAGUUAUUCUUCUGAAAAUAUUUGAAAGAUACUGGGAGCCAAAGGAGGAUAUUUAUACUUUCCAAUGACACUAUCUGAGUUUAACUGAUUCUAUUACAUGGUCUGCUAACUUAGAAAUCGGCACACGCGUUUGUCUGAAGAAGCAAAUUAAUCUCUUCCAAGUGACUGAGAAAGAAUGGAAUAAAUUUCAGAAAUCCAAUAACAACCACAAGAAUGUUAAAUACCUCUAUUGAUAUUUCGUAUCCGGUAGAUUGAAUGUGUUGUCCUUUUUGUGAAGAAUUUGCUUCUGAAACAUUGAAUCACCAAGGGAUCUGAGAUUUUUUUUGUUUUAUUUUCUAAUAAACGUGCACAGCAUUUGCACAGGCACAACCACGAAAAAAUACAACUAGAAAAUAGAUAUUUAUGUUUGUUGAAAACAGUGAGAUAACUGGAUAUUCAAACUCUUCCCCCACACAUGUAGGUGUAUAAUAACCUCAAGGCUAUGCAAUAAACAACAAAGAGAACAUACAGUUCAGUAUUUUACUAAAGUGCUUAUUUAUUUGUAUUUUUUUAGGUGCCCAGGUUCUCUUUUGUUUUGAAAACUACUCUCACAUUAAAUUUUCAGCUAAUUUCUUUUUAAUGAGUUUGGUUUUUCAAUAAAGAUGGAUCUUUCAGUGGCUUCCUUGUGCAUUCUACAGUGAGAAUAUGUUCCCAAUACAUUUCCAAGUUCAGCCUCAGUUCUUUUCAUGAGAAUUUUCUGAAAAUUCUGACACUAAUGCAAAAACAGUGUAAAGUAAUAAAGUGGAAGAAAAAAAUUCAAACGUUUUCUUUAACAAACAAAAAUAUGAAGAUUUUGUGAUUUAUUUUGCUGCACUGACAAGUUAAAGGGCUUUGAGAUAUUCCCCUCUGAGCUUUGAGCAUCCAUAUCAUAAUUUUUCUAAUUUCUUUUAAAAACAGCUCAAGCUCAGUCAGGUUUGAUGAAUGGUGUUUCUAAACAGCAAUUUAAAUUCUCAACUAAGUUUCACAAAAUUUAAAUUAAACACUUACAAACUUUGGCCAGUCAAUUCUAACACAUCUUUGAUUGUAGUUAUUCUAUGUAGCACUGGAUCAAGCUAGCUUCCCUGUCCCUGCUGAGUGAAGCUUUCCCACAUUAUGACACAGCCACCUCCAUGUUCAACUGUAGUGAUGAUACCACCAAAAUGUAACAUUUUGACUUUUAACUAAAAUGCUGUGGAACAAAAAUGACCAAUUCUCAUAUUACUUAACAGAGUUGAAAGUUAAAAUGUUACAUUUUGGUGUUAUAACCUAGCUCGAAGCAGUCAGAAGGAUAACUUUCUUGCUCCAGCAUGGUUUUGCUUCACAUUGUUUCAUAAAUGUAGUUAGUUGACUUUUGAAGGCGUUUGGUUGCACUGGAUUUUAUUUAGAAGCAUUAGAGUAAAGUGAGCAGGAGAAAAACGUAUAGUAAACAUUUCAUUUCUGUUUCUUAAAAAUAAAUACAACAUAUCAUUUUCCUUCCACUUUGCAAUUUUGGGCUUCUAAAUUCAAAUGUGGAUGUAAUGGGAUAAUGUGAACACAUUUUAAGAUAUGUAAACAUUGUGCAAAGCACUGGACAGUGUGUUGCAUAAUUGUUAUUAGAGUGAAGUAAGGGCCUCUUAAAGCCACUGACAUGGGUGGAAAUAAGCACAAUUUUCACAGUAGUUCUUUAAAUUUAUUUAUUUACUUUCUGUUGUAAAUUGUUUGAUUAUAUUCUAAUAAUUUGAGUGAAUUUUGUCAUUAGUAGCUCAAAGGACAAUUUGCCAACAGCAUUUGAUUGUGUGCAUGGUUUUCUGGUUUACACUGGCUUAACUUAACAUACAACAGAAAAAAAGAAAUCGAACAAAAAGUUAAAAUCUUUGACAGGAAUUUAUAAUUUUUAUUUUUUAUUGUUUUACCAUCAGUGUAUUGUGUGUGAGCAUACACAGUGUGGGCAGACAGCAACCAGCAACAGACCUACUUUUCUUCAACUCGUCUUAAACUUUCUUCACAAACUUAGCUAAUGGAACCAUGUGAGGAUCAAAUACAGAAACACAACGUCAAAAAUCAAAGCAGGAAAAAAUAAAUCAGAGUGAAGAGCAUUAGACUGCAAAAUGAGGUAUUGUCGGCUCUCCUGCUUGCCUAAUUUUCUGUAUCAAAACAAAAUAUUUAUUGGUGACACAUGAAAAGUAAUCUGGAGAAAAAACAAGCUUUCUAUGACAAACUAAGAUGAGUUUGUGAAAUGCAAAGACACAUUUUCCACUUUUAAUUGCUCUUAAUACACUGUUGGUAUUACGAUUGGCCCAGAGAAGUGUAACAUGAGCCUUUUUGCAUUUGAUUUUGAAGACAGGGACUCAUAAAACCACUUCAAUUUGACUGAUACAUUGUACAAGGGAGCACACUAAAAGGCCUUCAUAUAGAGUUUUGCCAAAUUAUUUAUACUCCUUAAACUUUCUUACAUGUUAUCACUUUAAAACCACAAGCUUCAAUGUAUUGUCUCCUGGAAUUUUCUGUGACUUACCAAAAUAAAGAUAUGCAUAAUUGUGAAGAAAAAGGAAUAUAUGAAUACAUAUAAAUUUAUAAAUAAAAGUGUGGAGUGAAUAUGAAUUCAAGUUAUUUGCAUGCACUGAAAUUAAAAUUACAAGUCUUUUUCAGCAUGUCUCCACUAUUUUUGCGCACCCAGAGGCUGAAAUGUGUUUGAACGUUUGUUCACCAAUAACUCAUAAAGUAACUAAUGCAUUCACUGGACAACUGGACUUAUAAAUACAUUACAUACAAAGGAAUACUUUACCAAAUAGGUGACAUCUGCAGGCAAUUGGGGCUUUUGAAAAAAAAGGGGGAAACUUCACUCCCUAUAUACCUUAUCCACAAUUAUGCAUUAGUUUGUGUUAAUCUAUCAGAUAAAUUCCAAUAAAAUACACUGAGGUUUGUGGUUGAAAAAACAUGGAAAACAUUAAGGAGCAUGAAUACCUUUUUCAAAGAACUUUAAUCCUGUUGUUUUCUUCUCAGAAGGUUUUGUUUGCCAAUUUUCAAAAUUACUGAAUAAACAUCAAACUUGAGCAUGUACAGGAUGAUGUCAAUUACAGGCAGCUUUUCCAAAGGGGGAAAGUUGAUCCAAUAUAAACAGAUUAACCUGAAUAUUCAGUGUAACCUUUUUUCUAAAGGCGACAACUACAAAUGCUCAUUCUGAUGUUCUGUGAAUCUGCUUUUACCAUUUCAGUAGAAAUUGGUUGCUGUGAAAAAAGAAUUAUUUUUUUGUACAAUGCUCACCCCUUUGUACAGUAAUACAUGCCAUUUCUUUACCACCUUCAUGUCUUCAAGAUGCUUUGCUGCAAAAACAAUCAUUGUCUUAUCUAUCAUGCUUCUUUUCCUGACUUAAGACGAAUCACCUCCGUAACCUCAUCCUCAAAAUCAAUCUCUUGUUCUUCAUGAUUACCCGGAUCAUCAUUCUUAUGACAAACAAUGCUGUCUACACUGAAAGGAGCACAUCUGUCAUUUGAACUCGUAAUGAGUCGUCAUUUGUAUAAUUUGUACAGAAGUUUAUAAAAGUUUUCUACCCUUCAAGAAAUGAUUUAGUUUCUGCUGUUGAACUGAAUGUCACUGAAUUCAAAUCUACAGGCCUUGUUAUAAAAUUUGUGUUUUUUGUGCAACAUUAAAAUUUGUUCUUCUGUCCAGAAGAGAGGAGAGAAAAAAA